GCCGGUUCUACGCGCCGCGUGUCACAACUGCCAUGACCAAGGCCUCUGACAAGGUCUUAGGGAGGAUGCGAACUGCCAAAAGAGCGCCACCAAAAGCUUGGGCAAAGGCCAAGGAUGGUGCCGAGAAAGUGGACAAGCAGCCAGAUGCCGCUUUUUGGUCCCAUGCAUCCAUGUAGCAAUGGCAACAAGAGAGAUAUCUUGAGACUACCUUGGCGUGGGCAGCUUCCGGCACCCGCCGACUGGAGGCCAGCGGCAAGUCUCGAGGACUUCUUGGCACAGCAACGGGACCAUUGUAUCAAGGCCUUUGGCAACCUGUGCACAAAGAUGCAUGACUAUGCUUUCACCUCUGUGACGCUGACAGAUCACCCGGAGUAUGGAUUUCAACAUGGUCUGACGAAUGCACUCGACGCUACGGGAACACCCUUGAAGGAAAAGGAUGCGCAAGAGGCACUGAAAUUCUUGUCAACGAGCGGCAAGGACUUUGAGCUGGUUCUUGUGGAGACAGACUUUUAUGAAUGGGUCAGAAAUGUCGCCAAAGUGGACACAGAUAAGUACAACUUUGGCCGAACAGAAUACGAUGUCUACACAGAAGCAAUGAGUCUGCUGCGUCCAGAGCCAGCGACUUCUGGAACCUGGGAGUGGAUGUCUGCCUGCUUCCAGGCAGUACCGGAGGCGCUGCGAAAAGGUAUUCAUGUCGUCAUGCUCAACCAGCACCGUGGACACCAACUGGACCUGGCUACCGGGAAGUUUCCAACGCGACAAUUCACACUUGCUGAAAUUUACUAAAGGUGCCCUAAAGGUAAGCUCCUCCUCUUCUCCUUCUGCAUGGUCAUCCUCCUCUGGCUCAGCCUUAAUCUGCUUGCCAGUCUUAGCCUCGGCUUUGGCCUUUGCUCUUGGGUCAGGAGCAGGUGGAACUGCUUCAGGUUCUUUCAAAACCUUCAUGACUUUGUUCUUGGCUUUCGCUUUUGCUACCUUCUUCGGCUUAGAAGUAACACCAGGAGCUUUCUUGGCAACAGCCUUGACUUUAGCCUUUGCCUUCAUCUUGGCUUUGGCCGUUGCCUUUGGUGUGGCUUCAACUGAGCCUGCUCCUGGUGCAGCUUCUGUGCAAGCUUCUGGGGCAGCUGGUUCAGCUGCUGCUAGCGCAGCUUCAUCCACAUCUUCUGCGACUCAGAUGCUGGGAAAGCUAGCAAAGGUUGAGGUGAAUCAGCGGGCCUCUUCAGCAGAGCUGGAGCCCUUAAAGAAUUUUUCCUGGAAUGUGGUUUCAAAAAUAACAGGGAUUCCAAACUUCUUUUUUUG